AGAGGAGCUACGCCUCGGGCCCGGGGGAGGGCCCGCCCACCUUUGGAUUCCUGUUGGACAUCGAUGGCGUGCUGGUGCGGGGCCACCGAGUGAUCCCAGCUGCUCUGGAAGCGUUCCGCAGGCUGGCCAACUCCCAGGGGCAGCUGCGGGUGCCUGUGGUGUUUGUCACCAAUGCAGGGAACAUCUUACAGCACAGCAAAGCCCAGGAGCUGUCAGCCCAGCUGGGGUGCAAGGUGGAGCCCGACCAGGUCAUUCUCUCUCACAGCCCCAUGAAGUGGUUCUCACAGUUCCAUGAGAAGCGGAUGCUGGUGUCUGGGCAGGGGCCGCUGGUGGAAAAUGCCCGAGCCCUGGGCUUCCGGAACGUGAUCACUGUGGACGAGCUACGGACGGCCUUCCCUGUGCUGGACAUGGUGGACCUUGAGCGGCGGCCCAAGACCACGCCCCUUCUGAGGAAUGACUUCCCAGCCAUUGAAGGGGUGCUCCUCCUCGGGGAGCCAGUCCGCUGGGAGACAAGCCUGCAGUUGAUCCUGGACGUCCUCCUCAGCAAUGGGAACCCUGGGACUGGCCUGGCCACAGCGCCCUACCCCCAUCUCCCCGUCCUGGCCAGCAACAUGGACCUCCUCUGGAUGGCUGAGGCCAAGAUGCCCAGGUUUGGCCACGGCACGUUUCUGCUGUGCUUGGAGACCAUCUACCGGAAGGUGACGGGCAGAGAGCUGAGGUACGAGGGCCUGAUGGGCAAGCCCAGCCUGCUCACCUACCAGUACGCCGAGGCCCUGAUCCGGCAGCAGGCCGAGCGCCGCGGCUGGGCCGCCCCCAUCCGGAAGCUCUACGCCGUGGGGGAUAACCCCAUGUCCGACGUCUACGGGGCCAACCUGUUCCACCAGUACCUGCAGACAGCGCAGCCCGGCGCGGAGCCGCCCCUGGCCACCCGCAGCUGCGCCUCCAUCCUGGUGUGCACUGGCGUGUACAGCCCCGGCCAGCAUGGGGCCGCUGGGCCUCCCUUCCACGGCCACCGGGACUUCAGCC